AUGCGCAUUGAUGACUUCUACACUGACUUCUCCCAAGAGGAAGAGCGCAAGCUGUUUGAGCAAGUUCUCUUGGAGUUUCAGGCCGACAACAAUCUUCCGGAUACGUUUAAUGAGCGUAAAUCUACCUACCGUCUUCUGCAUUUAGCACGCAGCAUGGUGAUUGGCGUUGACCCGCUGCCAAGUCGCCAGACACUGGGAGGGAAAGCACUGGGUCGCUAUGCAGUAGCUUGUGAAAACAUCGAGCGGGCACAUUUAUUGGGCUGUAUGUUGUGGCUGUAUGGUAAGCAAGUUAACUAUGGUCUCUUCAAAGCUGGCUCACGUCAUGAUGGAGUAGCCAUCGCUCAGCAAAUGGAGCAGGUGAUGAAGAGAUGA